AUGUCUGCCCCAACCUACGACGAGAUUCGCGACGUUGCACGCAAGGCAGUAGACAUAUUCGGACAACGCCAACUCAGAUGCUGUCUUUUCGGCAGUACUGCUUGUGCUUUGUACGGAACUAGCAGAUGUCCCAACGAUGUUGAUCUUGUCGUGUUAGACCCUGAGUCUGAUCCGGAGGAUCUCAAACAGAUGCUGGUCGACGGAGACGUCAACUUCUAUCUCGUUCCAUCGAAGGAUACGAAUGCGACCUACCAAGUCCUCUGGUACAUCCUUCCCUACUCUCCUGACGGGCAGCGGCGCAUGUGCAAAGUCGACAUCCUUAUUCCUGGUGGGGAUCUGGGCAUUCCAUUCGUCCCUGCCGAGUUUCUCGAGACACGCCACAAUUUCCCUGUUAUGCCUAUUCUUCCGCUGCUCUUAUUGAAACUGCAAGGCUGGGUCGACCACCGUUCUGCUGAGAGGUGGUCGGUGCAAGAGAAGCAACAUGCUGACGUGGAGGACAUUGAAGAUCUAAUUAUCAUUGCUUGCGAUCAACGUGUCCAUACCUCGAUCUGUACCUGGCUUCCUCAGGAGUUUUUUGAAGCUGCUGAGGAUCGUGUCGAGGACUAUGCUGGCCAAUUUCCACUGUCGUCUUUGUAUUGGUACACUCUUGGGUUCGACGUAGAGUGA